AUGGCAGGAGAGGUGGACAGUGGCCUGAAGGCUUGGAUCUCUGAGAACGUGCAGUUUCCCAACUCCAUGGUGGAUCGGAUCACGCCAGCCACCACGGAGGAGGUGAAGACUGAGUUAAAAGAGAAGUACGGCGUUGAAGACGGAUGGCCUGUGGUCAGCGAGGAGUUCCUGCUCUGGGUGGUCGAGGACAAGUUUCCCUCUGGACGACCAUCCUGGGACAAGUCGCCAAGCGGCAAGUGCCUCUUCGUCGAAGACGUGCUUCCGUACGAACUCUUGAAGCUGCGGCUUUUGAAUGCGGUUCACCAGGCUCUGGCCUAUCCUGCGUCACUACUUGGACAUGAGGUCGUUCAUGAAGCUAUGGCCGACUCUCGCGUUUUCAAGUUUCUCAAGGCAUACAUGGCAGCUGCAGGCCAGACAGUACGCCCUGUCAAGGGGCUGAAGAAGGAUGAGUGGAGCAAAACCGUCCUCGAGCGGUUCUCGAACCCCGCGGUCCGUGACACCAUUUUUCGACUGAACGAAGAUGCGACGAAUCGAAUUGCAGUGGCCUUGGCACCUUGCUUGCAGGAGGAUGCUGUGCCGCCUGGAAGGUCUUUGAGCAGGAAACAUUUGGCCGCAAUCCUGCUUCCAGUUGCUUGCUGGAUACGAGCAUUGGUAGGCGGUGCAGAACUGCCAGCAGCGGCCAAGCUCAACCGUGAUGACAAGGGAGAGAGCAUGCGAGGUCCAGCUGGAGAGGCUUGGGAGAAGGCUGAUGGCUCAGAGGCGGCAGAGGCCUCGAAGAAGUUUCUUCAUUCUGCUUUUGGAGAGAAGGUUGCAAGGGACACAGUGGCUGAAGUCCUUGCGGAGUCCUUAAAGCUACUGAAGGGCGAGGGCGUUGAAGCACUUCUGAGAACAGCAGACCGAGAGAACCCUCCGAUCAAGUUGAAGAAGCCCAAGUUUCAAAAGAUUUCGGACCUUGAACCAGAAGCCAAAGGAGUCAAUGUCUAUGGCCAAGUCCUCACAAAAGCGGAGAGCCUUUAUGAGGAUGCCCAUGAAAUCUCCAUCGGCGAUUCCUCGGGUACUGUGACUCUGAGAAUCCGCGGUGAUAAGUACAAAGCAUGCAGCGAAGGGAAGGUGGUCCGGGUGCAGAACGCCCGGGUGGUCAUGAGCAAAGGCCAUAUGCAGCUGCUAGUGGACAAAUGGUCUGCUUUGAAGGAGGAGGACCACGAUGUUGGCGAAGUCAACAAGAAGAACGACCUUUCAGCGAUCGAAUAUGAGCUGGUCAAGUCCUGA